AUGCGAGGUUUAUUUCUUCUUAGCGUCGUCCAAGCAGGAGGAUUUUUCGACAGUAUUUCAAACUGGGGACAGCCUCAAAUUCCCGACCAGUUGAACCCCUACAAACCGAAGAUCGACAAAUUGGAAAAUGAUCUCAAUCGCUGGUGCAUGUACGGUACUGGCUACGAUCCCCGCGAGCACUUGAAAAAGUACCGCCAGCUCUUUUCCCAGAACAACGUCGGAAUCGACCCAAAAACCGUCCCAACAGAUUGCUCGAAGAUCCAGCAAAUUGUGCUUCCAGAAAAUCACGCAUUUUCCGCUUACGGGCGGCCUGGCCCAUCAUCCCGCUACAGUGAACCAACGCCAGACCGACACACAGGAUUCACGCCUCCUCAUAUCGACUUUCCCGAUGACUUUGAACCGGAAGAAGACCCGAGCGAGGACUCAGAAACCGAUGACGACUCCCCUAAACGGACAAAAGCACGAGGGACGUCUGGAAAUACGAUCAUGGGGAUCUCAGCACUUGUAGUUCUCCUGAUCUGCGUCACUAUCAUAGCUUGCAUCUGCUACAAAGCUGGCAACUGUGUUAUGUGCAACAACAUCAACUGCUUUGGAGCGAAUCAACUCAAAGUCGCCAAAGAUAGCGAAGCUCUCACUCCCCUUCCUUCUCGCCAAGCUUCAUACGUCCAAACACCUCCUCAGCCAGCUCCUCGCUCGUUGAGCAACGUCUAUUCUCCUCCACCCUCGUACCACCAAAGUGCACCGAGCCUUGCGCAUGCGAAUACACCACUUCUCAACUCGAGGGAUUCAAUGGAAAAGGCUCCGAUGGCUGGCGGAUCGAAUUGGGGCGCUCCGGAAAAAUCCGAACCUGGCUGGUAG